AUGGAGGAGGAUGAUUCUAGCAUUAGCCAGGAUUCGCUGGCUAGUUUGACGGCUGGGGAUGUGCUCAUUCACUCCACCAGCCUCCACAAGAAGCAGCCCAUGGAAAGUGCGGCGGGAGCCAGGGGCUGUGUUCAAAAAGUCAAGAUUUCUGUAAAGAAGCUCCGUGAAGUUGUCCCUCCCUGCCAAGCCUCUGAUGCAGCCCUGGCUAGAGAAGAAACCUCGUGUGUUCCUCCAGCCUUGCCAGCAAACAGGGCUUUAUCUGGCAGUUUAACUGAAUCUUCCCCCUGCAGUACUGCCCCGGGAGUCCAGACUACCGAAGGCCAUCCAGAACAUCAGCUUUCACUCGAAAAUUCUACAGAAGCCAUGUUUUUGUCACAAAUGGAUUAUCCUAAAGAAGUUGCAGUACAAGUUCCUUCAGUGUCGGAAGAGAGUAGAAGACAUGAAAAUGAUGUGUUCAUAUCUCAGUAUGCUGCUGGCCAGAAAGAGGCUUUGCUAGUGGCAUUAAAACAAAAAACCCAAAAUCCUCCUGGACUUAAGGAGGUGAAGGUACAGCUCUUAGGAAAUUCCUCCGCAGAAAAACAGGGAAAUGUUGGUCAAAACACUGGGUCAACACACAGGGAAGUUGAUUCCACUACAACCAUCGCAGCAGCAACUGCAGCUGCCAUUGCUACUACGGCUCCACUUCUUAAAGUUCAAAAUGAUUUGGAAGCAAAAGUUAGCACAGUUUCAGCAUUAAUUGAUAAACUACAGGAGACAGAUAAACAGCUACAACGUGUGGCUGAACAGCAAACAAAUAUGAAGACUCAAAAUGAGAAGCCACACUGCCAUGAAAGAGUCAGCGAGCUUGAAAAACAAAUGAAUUCUUUCCUGGCACAGCGGAUCGAGCAUUUGGAAAAGUUACAGCAGCAACAAAUGAAUAUUCAGUCUCAUCUGAUUAGCUCUGCAGUCAGCAGGGGUGGCUUGCAGCAGCUUCACGUGCCUCCUUCCAGUCUCAUGACAAAACAUUUUGAGAAGCCAGAACAGCGUUUGCUUCAUCACCCUGUACCUUCAUGUCAGAUGGAUUCGUUUCCUGCUGGUGGUCCACCUGCCCAAGCAUAUUCAAGCGAAUUUCAAAACUAUGGGGUUCAUACACAGAAGUCUCCCCUGAAGACACCAGUUCCUCGGAGGUGUGCCCCAGAACCUGUAUCAAAAAAUGUGAAAAUCUCAAAGAGAGAAAACCCUAUAGUGGAAAAGGAAAAUAUUCCCAAAUCCACAUAUGACGGGGGCGGAAAACUUCUUGAGCAUAUUUUGAAUUCUCAAGAAUCUCCACUGAGGCAAGAUGAGUCUUCUGAGAAUGCAACAUUAAACAACAAUGAAAGGACCUGGCAUUCCAAAAGAGACAGACCUACUGCUUUGCAUGCAGACUCAUUCCCGGCUUUCGAAAACUCCUUCCAAAAUCCCAGUUCCAUUGAGAAAACAGUAAAAAAAGCAGAUGAUCUACUUCAAGAUCUUGGCCAAUUGAGAAGAGAAAUGCACAACAUGCUGCAGGAAGCAAAUUCAUGGAAAUUGGACAUGGACAAUCUUACUAAGUCAAAAAAACCUACUGUUGUACCUGAUCUUUCUGAACAUCAACUCAUUAAGCCAUCCGUCCUUCAUAAAGUUAAAGCACCAAAGUCUAUGCUGCAAGAUGCUGAGAGGAUUUUGAGAGGAGUUCAAAACAACAAAAAAGUCCUUGAAGAAAACUUGGAAGCCAUUAUCCAUGCAAAAGACAGGGAUGCUAUGUAUACUUUUAUUAAUGCCUUGACUUCAAACAGCGGUAUGUUAGAGGAGAUCCGAAUAAGAAAGACUGUGGAUGAGUGGAUUAAGGCAAUCAGCCUAGAAAUCCAGACUGAAUUGGCAAGAAAUGAUUCUGAACAAGUGAAAAGUGAUCGAAAGGCUCCAUGGAUCAAGAGAACCCAGAACACUAAGGGUAUGAAGAACAAUAAGGAAAUUAAAGCAAAAACUCAAAAAAUCCAAGGGUUCUCAACACAGAAGUCUUCAUCUGCAGCUAAGCCACUGAAAGCAGAAGACAACAUGAGAAAACCAAUGUUAAAAACUCUUACUUCUGAAGGCUUGCAAAAGAAAGAAAAAAAGACAGAUGGACUUAUGAAUGGAAGUGCAGUGGUACAAGACGAGGAGUAUUUAUGUCAAGUUUAUGGGAAACCAAUUUACCAGGGCCAUCGCAGCACGCUUAAAAAAGCGCCAUAUCUGAGAUUCAACUCUCCUCCUCCCAAGUCUAAGCCUCCAAGACCUAAAGUGAUAGAACGCGUCAGAG